GGUGUCAGCUGGCCCUCCCCUGCCCCCCAAGGCUCCACCAUGGGCUGUUGUUCCCUUCUGUCCUGGGGGGAUGCUGUGACUCCCCAGGGCUGGUGGAGGGGACCUGCAGGCACUUGGUUAGGUUCUGUAGGAUGCCCUGGGAGAAGGGCCACUGACCGAUCCCAGUAACCAGCAAAGAGCAGCUACAAACUGCCAAACGCUGUGGCCUCCGGCCCGCCACACAGUCCCUGUUUUGUGCUCACAGCCUGAGCCCAGUGGACAAACAGGGAAUGACUGUGCCACGGAGCCCUUGGUGCUGUAAAUACUGGCCCAGUGUGAUGGGUUGGGCUGUUGGGGCAGGGCAGAUCUACCGGGGGGUAUAGCAGGAUUCGGUAGGGCGGGGAUCCCAGGCUAAGUUCUUUGUUGCUCUGCUGUAGCAGGGCCCUUCCUGGCUAAGUCAAAGGAAGCCACCCUCAGGCUGGCGUAAGCACGGAGGUUAUAAUGGUACAACUAUACUAGUCAAAUCAGACCAGUGUUAGACACGUCUCCCAGCCCCUAGAGGGGCCGGUGUCGGAACCGGGAGGGAUUCGCUGUAGCAGAAGCAGUUUGCUUUGGGUUUCCACAGAGUGCCUGCUGGACCGGGGAUGGCCCCUCGUGGCUGAGAGGAGGAGCACUAUCUGGAAGCACUGCAGGUCACUGUGCCAGCCUGCGGGGAAGAUGAAUGGCUGGGUUUCACACACACUCUGCCUGUCCGUCAUCCUGGUGUCCCUGUUGAACAAUGUCCUUGCUUGGAGUAGUCAGGAUCUCCAUUGUGGAGCUUGUCGGGCCCUGGUGGACGAGCUGGAGUGGGAGAUCUCCCAGGUGGACCCCAAGAAAACCAUCCAGAUGGGGUCGUUCCGUAUCAACCCGGACGGCAGCCAGUCGGUCGUAGAGGUGCCCUACGCCAGAUCGGAAGCUCACCUGACGGAGCUGCUGGAGCGGGUCUGUGAGAAGAUGAAAGAGUAUGGGGAGAAGGUGGAUCCCUCCACCCACCGGAAAAGCUACGUCCGCGUGAUCUCCCACGACGGGACCAAGAUGGACCUUUCUGAGACCAAAAUGGACGGGGAUGUGACGACCCGCCUGAAGUUUGCGUGCGAGAGGAUCGCCGAGGAGUAUGAAGAUGAACUCAUUGAAUUCUUCUCCCGUGAGACCGACAACGUCAAGGAUCGGCUCUGCAGCAAGCGGACCGAUCUGUGCGACCAUGCCCUGAACAUCCCCCAUGAUGAGCUGUGAAGCACGAAGGCCUGGAUCAAACUGGACAUCCCCUGUAGCGGACUCCUCCCCUGCCCGCCGGCAUUGCCCUGGGACCCUCGCUGUGUGUCACCCGGAAACCCCAAUCUUCGCUUGGGGAGGAAAGCAGACAGCAGCUUCCUUCGGAGGGAAAGACGUUGUCCUUCUCCUGCCCCCUCGGGAUCGCUUGACUUUCAAUCUGCCUUUAGGCUGUCGAUGUUUCCUCCCUCGCCCCUUCCCUGAGGAGAUGGACAGAUGUUCCUGUAGGGUCCCGAGUCUGGAUUUGACCCCUCCUCCCCCUGCCCAAUUACUCUGGUGCUUUUAUGUUUUAUUUAUUUUGGUUGAGCUUCCACCGUACCGGUCUUGGGGUGGGAGUGUCAGCUCUUGGGAAGAGGAAGGGGGGCCAGGAACCAGGACUUCUGGGUUCUGUUCCAGCUCUGAGAGGAGAUGCUCUCUGGGGGGCAGAACCGGGCAUGGGCAUCAGGACUCCGAGUUCUAGACGGGCUGGUGGAGUGAGACCUCCUAGGUUUUAUUCUGAGCAGCAGUGUAGUCUAGUGGCUACAGUGCUGGGGCAGGAUUCAGGACUCGGGAUCUGUUCUGGCUCUGACGCUGUCUCACUGUGACUGUGGGCAACUCACUUCUCUGUGGCUCUUCUGAAGAGUGCGGGGGAAGGGGACUGCACUGAGACUUCUCCACCAUCAUCCGUCCAAAGGGGACACUUCCAGCCACCAGCAGCAGGACUUAUUGAGCUCCAAUGACCCGGCCGAGUCGGCGCUCUGCUAGCAACGUCUGCACGCGCAGGGUGGAGGGAUCCGGUUUUCCAGGGGGAGUCGUGUUACUUUGAAGGGCUUGUUUUUAAAUGUCUCAGGUCUGUUUCCUGAGGACCUCUUUCUAGGCUGCAGAUCGCUGUGAUCUCUGGCGCAGGGCAGGAGAAUAAACCUCUAGCCACGCUGCAGUUGGAA